CUCCCUGUCUCUGACUCCUUCUUUUACUUCCCCCCAUCCCAUCGUUACCUUUCAAUUUCAUCCUUGCUACUUAUUCUUCUUCUUCCUCUUCCUUAGUCCUUCACCUCGUUGAGGCUAGCUUCGACUCAUGACACCCUCCGUAUCACUACUCCCCUUUUGAUUCUCUUGCUUUCUUUCACUCCACCCCACACUCCCAAGUCGAAUCUCAGCUCCUUAGUAUAGGAGUCUCUCAGCAUGCGGUGGCGGCUGCCUGGCGCCCAGUCGACCCUCCCUUCCAGUGUCGCACUUCUCCUGCUUCCUGUUCUUGUUACUCCGCAGCAGUGGCAACGACAACAACAUCAUCAACAGCAAUAUGACCUUCCUUCCACCGUCUCCGUUCUGCAACAACCCAACGGACCCUCCGCGGGGAGCAAUCCCCCAUACGUAUCGGAUGUGAAGUCCAACGAUGUGAGCGCCCUUGCAACCAUGGCUCUGGCGGGCUCUAGCCGCGCCGUUCGAGCCCCUCCUGCCCAAGUCAGCAGCAGCCCGUCGGCUGGUCUGGCUCCGCAGCUUCACGCGCGGUCUCUGCAGGACUGGAAGGUUGAGGACUUUGUCCUUCUGGCGACCGUCGACGGUUCCAUUCACGCCCGUGACCGCAAAACCGGUGCGGCCCGUUGGGCCUUGGAGGUCCCAAGCAGCCCCACGGUCGAGAGUAUCUAUCAUCGAUCGAAUCGAUCGAGUUUCGAUCGCCAACAACCGGAGGAUGAUUUUAUCUGGAUAGUAGAGCCGAGUCAGGGCGGUAACCUCUAUAUCUACAGCCCAGGUCCAGAUGCAGGAUUACAAAAAUUGGGGUUGACCGUGAAGGAACUGGUGGAUGAGACACCCUACUCUGGGGAUGACCCGGCUGUCACCUACACGGCACGAAAGGAAACAACCUUGUAUACCAUCGAUGCACGAACUGGGACUAUCCUACGUGUGUUCAGCUCCCGAGGCCCGGUCUCGUCGGGACAGGAAUGUCGAAAGGUGGAUGGCCUGGAUGCGGACGCAGAGGAGUGUGAGACUCCUUCCGGCACCUUGGUGCUGGGUCGGAUUGAAUACACGGUAGCGAUACAAAACACCGAAACGGGCGAUCCCAUCUGCACGCUUAAGUACUCGGAGUGGACGGCCAACAACCGUGACAUCGACCUCCAGAGUCAAUACGUGAACACCAUGGACCAAAGCUUCAUCUACAGCAUGCAUGAUGGUGUGGUCCUCGGGUUCGACCAUUCUGAGAUGGACCGCCCACGUUACACUCAACGUUUCUCGAGUCCAAUCAUUCGAGUCUUUGAUGUCGCUCGUCCCGUCGGUAGUGACUCGCCCAAUCAGCCCACGCCGCUGGUCCUUCUCUCGCAACCCUCACAACCGCCUGAUCCUGACUAUGGAUCGCUGGAUGAGCGUGAUUCGCGCGUUUUCAUAGAUUGCACGGAGGCGGGUGGAUGGUACGCCAUGUCGGAAGAGACGUACCCUCUUGUUACGGGGAGGGCGAAGAUGGCGCAGUGUUACAAGAAAGACUACCUCCGCCAUGGGCAGCCCUUGACAAGCUUGAGUACGAGACAGCAGCAGGACGCCUUGGCCGGCGUACACUCUCUGCAUGCUCCCCGCGUGGUUCGCCGCCACAUUCCAAGCAUCUCUGGGCCGUCGUCUGCAGACUAUUCUAAUGACACGCCUCCUCGGGGACUCGUCCACACCUCAUCCGAAAUAGCCUUGCCACCUGCUCUUCGACACAGUACCAUUAUUCGCAAGGGCUGGGACAAUGCUGUAGACAUUUUUGUCACGCUACUGUUGCUGUUUUUCGGAACAUUCAUCUGGUUCAACUCCCACAAUAUCCAGGAACUGGCCAAACAGAAAUUGGAUCUAAAGAACAUUAUUGUGUCCUAUGGACAGCCAUCAUUGUCGACGCCGUCAACACCAGUCAUUGAUGGCCCUCACAUUAAGCGAGAAAUCAACGCUACUGAGUCCACACCCGAUGUGACAGUCGAUGUGAGCGUUUCUGAGGAGCAACAGUCUGCUGGUGACAUGACCCCGAAGCCCAAGAAGUCUGCAAACACUUUAGCACCUGACACUACUCCUCGAGUACGCAUUCGCGAGCCGUCUCAAGGACCCGACGCUGAUGACGACGUGGACGACUUCAACCUGCAGGAUUCAGAAAAGGGCGAGGGAGAGAAGCCUAAGAAGAAAGCCCGUCGGGGCCGCCGGGGUGGAAAGAAUCACAGACGUGGCAAAAAGCCCACCGAAGGCGAGGCAAAAGAGCAGGCGGAUCGCGUCGUAGAGGAAGUGAACAAUCUUCAACCGCAGACUCACCUCGAACCAGACAUCCAAUUGACCCGGACUGUCUCGAACGAGAUCAUCCAGAUGGAUGGCGUGCUCCAGAUCGGCCGUCUCAAGGUCUUCACAGAUGUUGUGCUAGGACAUGGUAGCCAUGGAACUGUUGUCUACCGAGGCUCAUUUGACGGUCGAGAUGUUGCCGUGAAGCGCAUGUUGGUCGAGUUCUACGAUAUCGCAUCCCACGAAGUUAGCCUGUUGCAGGAAAGUGACGACCACGGUAAUGUCAUUCGGUAUUACUGUCGUGAGCAAGCAGCUGGGUUCCUCUACAUUGCUUUGGAGCUUUGUCCGGCCUCUCUGCAGGACGUCGUCGAACGCCCGGGUGACUACCCACAGCUGGUUCAAGGUGGAAUGGAUAUGCCCGACGUCUUGCGCCAGAUCAUUGCGGGCGUACGGUACCUUCACUCACUCAAGAUCGUCCACCGAGAUCUGAAACCGCAGAAUAUCCUCGUUGCCAUGCCCCGCGGUCGCACGGGUUUGGGCUCGCUGCGGUUACUCAUUUCCGAUUUUGGUUUGUGUAAGAAAUUGGAGGAUAACCAAAGCUCUUUCCGCGCGACUACAGCACAUGCGGCAGGUACCUCUGGUUGGCGAGCACCUGAGCUGUUGAUGGACGAGGACAUGACCCCAGCCAUGAUGAGCACUGAAUCUCAGCACACUGAAUCUUCUGAGCCUGCCGUUGUUGAUCCUCAAACGAACCGUCGGGCGACCCGGGCUAUUGACAUCUUCUCCUUGGGCUGCGUGUUCUAUUAUGUCUUGACUCGGGGCUGCCAUCCGUUCGACAAGAAUGGCAAGUUCAUGCGGGAGGCCAACAUUGUCAAAGGCAACUAUAAUCUUGAUGAACUUCAACGCCUCGGCGAAUAUGCCUUCGAAGCAGAGGACUUGAUUCAGUCCAUGUUGUCAUUGGACCCACGCAAACGUCCUGAUGCGAGCGCCGUCUUGACGCAUCCGUUCUUCUGGCCUCCAUCCGACCGUCUCAGUUUCCUGUGCGAUGUCUCGGAUCAUUUCGAAUUCGAGCCACGUGACCCUCCGUCAGAUGCCCUGCUCUGCCUUGAGUCCGUGGCUGAGCGAGUCAUGGGUCCUGAUAUGGACUUCCUACGGUUGUUACCUCGCGACUUCAAGGAUAACCUGGGCAAACAGCGCAAGUAUACCGGAUCGAAGGUCCUGGAUCUUCUGCGGGCUCUGCGCAACAAGCGCAAUCACUACAACGACAUGCCCGAGCCCCUCAAGGCGCAUAUUGGUGGUCUUCCCGAAGGCUACUUGAACUUUUGGACUGUGCGAUUUCCCAGCCUCUUGAUGAGCUGUCACUCGGUUAUUGUAGAGUUGAAGUUGACCCGGAUCGAUCGGUUCAAGCGGUAUUUCACUCCUGUUGAGUAGACGUCGAGCUUUGUGGAUCUAUGACUGAAGAGUCGAGUACAUAUGUUGAACAUAGUGGACCAAAAGUAGCUGAAAUAUAUUUCCUUGGUUUU